AUGAGUUACACGAAGCUUCUGCCAUCGAUCAUCUUGGUCUCACUGGCUUAUGGUUGGCCAGUACCAUCUGAUGUUCCACUAGACCAGCCCCAAGCACCCAAGACAAGGCCGGAUCCUUGGUCCACGGAAGCCAUCCUUACACUAAUCGGUAUUUGCACCGCAAUUGCAUGUUUUGUCAUGGGGCUUGUUUUGCCCAAGUGGAGAAGUUGGCUAUGUAUACCAUUCAAGCGACAUACCCAACGUCUUUCCGAACCAACUCACAGUAUGAGUGGUGAACAAACACGACGACUUCGCCUGCAAGAAGAAUACAACGCCUGGUUAGAGUUCAAAGACUACAACGCCUUCUUAGAGUUCAAGGACUGGUUGGAACUACGCGGCGUAAAUCACUAG